AUACUGUCACAGACGCUACACUCGCACAGAUACACAAAGAGGAGUCCUCUAUUUAUCUCUAUGGGUACAGUUCCCGACUAUACCACAUGUCCAGCCUCCUAGUCCCGAAGAGAGCCUUCUCUUUGGAUGGUCCAAGUAUCACUCAAGUCGUUUUUUCAUGGAUCAGGAAACACUGGACACGAUGAUUCGUAGAUACAGCAGCAGCAGCUUGUAAUUGUAUGCGUGAAAUGAAAAGCCUCAUCCCACUUGGCUGCUAUAACCUAGCUAGUGAAGCGAUAUUUUCCGAUUCAAUUUAACAAACAAAAAAACAAUAUCCAUUUAAAAAAUAUAUCUAUUUUAUUUAAGUAGUUAUUUUACUUGUAAUUUGUUUAUGGUUGCAUUGUCGGGAACCUAUUAUUUGUCAGCCAGUUUUGCCGACGUGUUGUGGAUUGAUUCCCAGCUCUUUAACUGGGUAGCCGAGUCCAAAACAAGGGACAGCUGUUUAUAAUCCUAGUGUUUUAAUCCCUGUUUUUACUUGUUCAAGAAGAUGAAGAUAACGGUGGAAUUCGAGGAAUGUCUCAAAGACUCUCCGAGAUUCAGGGCCACUAUAGAGGAGGUGGAAGGGGAUGUUGGAGAGUUGGAGUCCAAACUCGACAAGCUGGUGAAGCUAUGCAUCGGGAUGAUCGACGCCGGCAAGGCUUACAACACGGCAAACAAACAGUUUGUCAAUGGAAUCCGCGAGCUCGCUGCGAGCUCCACCAAAGAUGAAGUCAUUGAGUCCAGUCUCACAACAUUUGCUGAGAGUCUGCAGGAGAUGAUCAACUAUCACACGAUUUUGUUUGACCAGGCCCAGCGAUCGAUUAAGACACAGCUUCUAACAUUUGUCAAAGAGGACCUGCGGAAGUUCAAAGAGGCCAAGAAGCAGUUUGACAAGGUGAGUGAGGAGAAGGAGGCGGCGUUGAACAAGAACGCCCAGGCGCCUCGCAACAAGCAGCACGAGGUAGAGGAGGCCACCAACAUCCUGACGGCUACGCGCAAGUGCUUCCGCCACAUCGUCCUUGACUACGUCCUCCAGAUCAAUGUACUACAGUCCAAGAGAAGAUCGGAAAUUCUCAAAUCGAUGCUGUCCUUCAUGUACGCCCACCUGACCUUCUUCCAUCAGGGUUACGACCUUUUCAGUGAACUGCAACCGCUGAUGAAACAACUGGGGGGACAGCUGGAUCUGCUGGUGGUGGAUGCAGCCAAAGAGAAGAGGGACAUGGAGCAGAAACACUCCACCAUUCAACAGAAGGACUUCUCGAAUGACGACACCAAGCUGGAGUACAAUGUGGAUGCAGACAAUGGCAUUGCGAUGGAGGGCUACCUGUUUAAGAGGGCCAGCAACGCCUUCAAAACAUGGAACAGGCGCUGGUUCUCCAUUCAAAACAAUCAGCUAGUUUACCAGAAGAAGUUCAAGGAUAAUCCCACAGUGGUGGUGGAGGACUUGCGGCUAUGUACAGUCAAACACUGUGAAGAUAUCGAACGCCGCUUCUGCUUUGAAGUGGUGUCACCCACCAAGAGUUGUAUUAUGCAGGCUGACUCUGAGAAGCUGAGGCAGGCUUGGAUCAAAGCUGUCCAGAACAGCAUCGCCACUGCCUUCCGGGAGCAGGGAGAGGACGCUGAGCUGGACCGGAAAUCUUCCACGUCCACAGGCAGCCUGGACUCAGGCGGCGAGCCCAAAGAGAGGUCACUGAAAGGGGAGAGCGCCCUCCAGAGGGUCAUGGUCAUUGGGGGCAACGCCUGCUGCUGUGACUGUGGUCAACCUGACCCACGCUGGGCCAGCAUCAACCUGGGCAUCACCCUCUGUAUCCAGUGCUCUGGGAUACACAGGAGUCUGGGGGUCCAUUUCUCCAAAGUGCGCUCGCUCACCCUGGACUCAUGGGAACCGGAACUACUCAAGCUGAUGUGUGAGCUGGGUAACGGGGUCAUCAACCAGAUCUACGAGGCUGGGAGAGAGGAGCUGGGAGCCAUGAAGCCAAAGCCGACAGACCCCAGGCAGGAGAUCGAAGCCUACAUCAGGGCCAAGUACGUGGACCGGCGUUUCGUGCAGCGCCCGUCCAAUGAAGAGUUACGCGCCAAGGUGGUGUCCCUGGCCAAACGGGAGAAGAAGCUGAGCGGCAGCACGGAGCACCUGCCCCCCCGGCCGCCCCCGCCCACGCCCAAACUCCGGCCCUCCUCCAACGCCUCAGGUCAGUCAGUAAGAAGUGCAGACAGUGGCAUCCAGAACAGUGCAGAAGGAAGUAGGGAGAUGCUGGCCACCAACAGCCUGGCUGAAGCAGAAGCUGCCGAGGCGCCCCCCAUGGCCAUGCCUGCCACCCUGCCCCCUCCAUCGCCCUGUAAGGAGCUGGUGGUGUUCUCAGAGCCCAAGGAGUACUCCUCGGGGCUGCAGCUGUACUGGGCCUCGUGUGCCCGCAGCCUGCCCGACAUGGCCGAGGCCCUGGCCCACGGAGCGGAGGUCAACUGGGUCAACACCGACGACGACAAGAGGACCCCGCUCAUCAUGGCUGUGCAGGGGGGCUCGUUGGUGACCUGUGAGUUCCUGCUCCAGAACGCAGGAAACGUGAACCAGCAGGACGCCCUGGGUCGAGGACCCCUCCACCACGCCACCAUCCUGGGACACACCGGUCAAGUGUGUUUGUUCCUGAAAAGAGGAGCCAAUCAGAACGCGGCAGACAUUGACGCGAAAACGCCCCUAUCCAUGGCAGUGGACGCUGCCAAUGCAGACAUCGUUACAUUACUGCGAUUGGCCAAGAUGAACGAGGAGAUGCGGGAGGCGGAGGGGCCCUACAUGCAGUCAGGAGAUGAAACCUACCAAGACAUUUUCCAGGAUUUUUCCCAGAUGGCUUCAAACGAUCCGGAGAAGCUGAACCGCUACCAGCAGUAUGACUCGCAGCAGAGGCCAUGAGGGAGGGAGAUGACCUGGAAGUCUGUGGAAGCAGUCUGGGCUUUUUCCUGGUCAGUGCUGUACUCAGCACGAGUAUUGGAGGGUCUGUUUCACCUGAACCUCAAUGGUGAAGUGGUAUAUCACUUUUAAUUGGUUUGAAUGGGUCUAAAAAUGUAUACAUUUCAUUGAGGCUGGAUGGCUCAGGAUUGUGAACCUAAACAAUGUUUUAUGAGACUCUGGACUGGUGCCCAGUUGGUAAAACAGUUCACAUUUGAACCUGAACGGUACAGUAUUAUGCUUUAUAUAUAAUGUGACAGUUUGGUUCAAAACAUAACCAUAAACAAAAAUCGAGUCGUAAUUGUUGUUUCUGAAUUCAUAUAAACCAAAUAGUGUCUUGAUGUUUAGUAGGCUUUUUACAUGUAGAUAUUUUUUUUACAAUAUAUAUAUAUAUAUAAAAACUAUAAAAAACAUUUUAUUUGUGCUAUCAAUUUGCUUAUAUCGUCCCAAUACAAUGUGGUGUUUUUUGUUGAUAAAUAAGCAGCACCUUUUUAUGAUUUUUAGCUAUAGUGUGUUUUCACAGCAUUUAUCUGUUGUAUGUUAAUGGCUGGCCACCCACUUUCCUCGUCAACACUGUUUAGUACGGUGAAACGUUGGUGUGAAGUGCUCAUGUUGCUGAGGUGUAGGUUUGUCACUCUUCCGUUACUGUUGAAAACCCCUUAAUGUGGCUCAUGCAUAAAUGUUGAUUGUGGGUAUUUUGCGGUUUUACAUUUUUUUUGAUGAGGCAAUACUUUUUUGUUUUGUGAUUUUUAAAGAUCUGAAGGAGGGUAAUCUGUUUAUUUUGUUGUGUGUGUGAGGAAGACGAGCCUUAUGUUUUAAAGUAUCAUUUCAUAUUCAAUCUUGUUUUAGACCGGAAACAAUGACUGUUAAAAAGAGAAAAGAUGACAUGUUAGGUCCCCAUAUUGUAGUAUCCACUUUUUCUGACGCCUCACUAUUUUAAACAGUAUUAUAGCAUCCUGUUCAUUGGAUGGCUAAAAACGACUUCUAUAAAAUAUACCUUGUUUAUUAGUGUAUUAGAAACACUAACGAGCAUGUACCACCUUCCUGGAUACGUACUACUGUGGCAUUGCAUUUACAAUAUGAGGAGCUUUCUUAAGCCCUGGUUAUACUUGGUGCUAAUGCUCUCAAGCCCUGUUUAUACCUGGUGCUAUCAUUUGCCUUUUGUCCUGAUCCUGUCCACAUUCUGAUUGUGCCCACAUUUUUAAAUGGGUGUAGAUGAUUAAAGCAACUGAUUGUGAUCAGAUCCUCCUUACCACUUCUGAAAGGAGGUCUUUGUAAACCGAUCUGGAUUGGCAAACCAUUUAAAUCCACCCUCAUCAUUGACAUGGGCCACCAUGGACCGAAGGCAUCAAUAUUGGUCUAUAACAUAAAAUAAAAUGAUUACAGCACAUGUAAAUGAGUAAUGUGAUUUUCCUUUCUUGACUUUUAUUGGACUCUAACUUGUAAACUCUGCCCACUGAGCUUUCAUCCAACCAAUUAAUUUGUCCCAACUACUUCUGUAGGUGGUCAGGAAGAUCUGAUCAGUGUUUUUUACAUUUUUUGUUAGCACCAGUUAUAAACUGGGCUAUUCUUAAAUACAACAUGUGAUACAGAUCUUGUACAGCUUUUGAAUAUGCAUAAGUUAAAUCUAAAGUAGUGGUACUUGAAUCAUUAAAUAAGCGCUUGUAAAUGCUGAUAAUAUAAAAAAGACAAUUACAAGAUUACAUUUUCUCCCUAUACCACUCAGAUAUGCAUAUUAUCGAUAUAAUUAAGGACUAUAUUACAUUUACUGCAAAUCAUGGACUGAAUUUCUUGCUGAAUGUUGAACUGUUUUGUUGUAUUGAUUUUAUAAAGCAAUUUUCCUUUC